GAGAGUCCUUCUAGCCGGGCCGGUGAGUCCGCGGGUGGAAGUCUGUGUGGCGCAGAGGUGGGGCAGGCUGCUUGGCUAGGUAGGCGGCUGGGAGGGUUUUCGUGGCGGGGAACGGAGGCUGAACUGCCCUGCCUGUGCUCAUAGGGAAGGAGGAUGUGAAGGAGCUUGUGAAGGCAGAGGAAGAUUACUGAAUAAUAAAAUACAGUUUUGAAAAAAUGGAUGAAGAACCUGAAAGAACUAAGCGAUGGGAAGGAGGCUAUGAAAGAACAUGGGAGAUUCUUAAAGAAGAUGAAUCUGGAUCACUUAAAGCUACAAUAGAAGACAUUCUAUUCAAGGCAAAGAGAAAAAGAGUAUUUGAGCACCAUGGACAAGUUCGACUUGGAAUGAUGCGCCACCUUUAUGUGGUAGUAGAUGGAUCAAGAACAAUGGAAGACCAAGAUUUAAAGCCUAAUAGACUGACAUGUACUUUAAAGAUUGGAAUAAUUGUGACUAAGAGUAAAAGAGCUGAAAAAUUGACUGAACUCUCAGGAAACCCAAGAAAACAUAUAACAUCUUUGAAGAAAGCUGUGGAUAUGACCUGUCAUGGAGAGCCAUCUCUUUAUAAUUCCCUAAGCAUGGCUAUGCAAACUCUAAAACACAUGCCUGGACAUACAAGUCGAGAAGUACUAAUCAUCUUUAGCAGCCUUACAACUUGUGAUCCAUCUAAUAUUUAUGAUCUAAUCAAGACCCUAAAGGCAGCUAAAAUUAGAGUAUCUGUUAUUGGAUUGUCUGCAGAGGUUCGCGUUUGCACUGUACUUGCUCGUGAAACUGGUGGCACAUACCAUGUUAUUUUAGAUGAAAGCCAUUACAAAGAGUUGCUCACACAUCAUGUUAGUCCUCCUCCUGCUAGCUCAAGUUCUGAAUGCUCCCUUAUUCGUAUGGGAUUUCCUCAGCACACCAUUGCUUCUUUAUCUGACCAGGAUGCAAAACCCUCUUUCAGCAUGGCGCAUUUGGAUGGCAAUACUGAGCCAGGACUUACAUUAGGAGGCUAUUUCUGUCCACAGUGUCGGGCAAAGUACUGUGAGCUACCUGUUGAAUGUAAAAUCUGUGGUCUUACUUUGGUGUCUGCUCCCCACUUGGCACGGUCUUACCAUCAUUUGUUUCCUUUGGAUGCUUUUCAAGAAAUUCCCCUAGAAGAAUAUAAUGGAGAAAGAUUUUGUUAUGGAUGUCAGGGGGAAUUGAAAGACCAACAUGUUUAUGUUUGUGCUGUGUGCCAAAAUGUUUUCUGUGUGGACUGUGAUGUUUUUGUUCAUGAUUCUCUACACUGUUGCCCUGGCUGUAUUCAUAAGAUUCCAGCUCCUUCAGGUGUUUGAUUCCAGCAUGUACUAUACAUUGUAUGUGUUGAAAAGAAAUUUGCAACUGUGAAUAAAAUGACUUAUUUAGAAGAAGCUUCAUUUAAAACAUGAAAGGAUAAUCUGACUUAAGAAACUUUUUGCUAAGAAAAGGUAUUAUUUUAUUAAAUUUUAAAUUUGUGUUCUGUCACAGAAAUACCUGAAAUUCAGUAGUACUUCAUUCAAUUAAUUUUGUUUUCUAUUAUUUUGAGUUAUACUGUUUUCAAAGUCAUUAUGCAGUAUGUAUAAAUUACUUAUAAUAAUUAAAUUGAUGUGAUAAUUUUAUUUAUGUUUUUAUAAUUAAAUACAGAAUAUGAUUUAUGUUAAUUCAUUAAUUUAGUGUAAGAAGAAAGUUAAGUCGAAAUGUAAAUUCAGUGUAAGAUGAAAAUUUAUCAAUAGUUAUGAAAUUAGGCUGGGCACUGUGGCUCAGGCCUAUAAUCCCAACACUUUGGGAGGCCAAAGUGGGCAGAUCACCUGAGGUCCGGAGUUCGAGACCAGCCUGGCCAACAUGGUGAAACCCUGUCACUACUAAAAACACACAAAAAAAUUGCCGGGCAUGGUGGUUCAUGCUUGUAGUCUCAGCUACUUGGGAGGCUGAGGCAGGAGAAUUGCUUGAACCCGGGAGGCAGAGGUUGCAGUGAGCUGAGAUGGUGCCAUCCUAAAGUGAGACUCCAUCUCAAAAAAAAAAAACCAAGUUAUGAAAUUAAUACAUAUGAAAUGAUGUACUGCUACAUCCACCAGAGAGGUCUUUUUAGGUUUAACCAAACAUUUGGAAUAUGUUUAUCAAGUUAGUACAUCUGAAAUUAUUUGUGGCUCUGACUAACAGAAGUCACUUUAGAUUAAACAUUCAGACUCACAAGACUGCCAUGGCCAUACUUGGUACCCGCUUACUCAAAAGGAUACUAAACAGAAACAACAGCCUGCCAGCACAGCAUCAAGUGGUCCUCAUUAGCAGUGGAGGUCUUUGCAGCCGUCCACUGUUACAGUUUAGGUGCAAGGAGAUAAGAUCCUCCACAGGCAUCAAGGAACCAAUAUCUCUUAACAAUUCCAUAAACACAGCUUCCAGGGUAUCCACAAGGGAUGUGUCAAUUUCAUGAGUCACCACACUCAGGAAAGCCUAAAGCUUGAAGUCUCCAUUAGAUUAUUUAUAGUGCAUCCCAAUCUAGAUACUCUAACAAUUACGAGUUAUUUUUACUAUAAGCAAAGUUGCCUAAAAUCAUAGUUGAUACUAACCAUGGUUAACAGAGCUCUAAAAGUUUGACAGAAAGUGAGAUUCAAAUCCUUUCACUCUCAUAUGCUAAACCUUUUGCUUUACUCUGGGUCAUCAGAGAAAUUUAGGUGAGAAUGUAUGAUGAAGUCUGUGUUUUAGGUUCAAUGCAGAUAUAUCAUUAUAGGCAGAACUCUUUUCUGGUUUUACCCAGUUAAGAGUAAAUCAGGCUUUCAUAGCAAAGGUAUGUCUAUUUUAUGUAUAUGAACUUCAGGUACUCUAGAUUGAGUUUCACUAUGAAAUUUGUGACUUUUUUUUUUUUUUUUUUUUGAGAUGGAGUCUUGCUCCGUCACUCAGGCUGGAGUGCAGUGGCGUGAUCUUGGCUCACUGCAACCUCCAUCUCCCGGGCUCAAGCAAUUCUCCUGUCUCAGCCUCCUGAGUAGCUGGGACUACAGACGCCUGCCACCAUGGCUGGCUAAUUUUUGUAUUUUUAGUAGAGAUGGGGUUUCACCUUGUUGAUCAGGCUGGUCUCCAACACCUGACCUCAGGUCAUCCACCCACCUCGGCCACCGUGCCCAGCGGAAAUCUGUGAUUUUAUAACUAACAAUUUUUAGUUAAGAACAUUAUCAGUAAAGACAAUAUAGUCCCACCCUGGAAAGUCUAUUCAAUAGAUCUUCAGGGGAGCCCAGGAAUAUGCAUCUUUAGUAAGUGUGUGUGCACAUGCACACACAUACACACACACACAAUGUGAUUAGAGUAACAGGAGUUUCUCUCAGGAGUCAUACUCCAUGAGCCUAGACCCAGUGGUUCUUUAUGUGGACACAAAUUUCAGCUAUAGGUUACCUAGUAACUGCUAUUUUCUUCCAUCUGCUCUGUCAACAAAGGUAUCAGUGGCUUGCAGGAGAUGCCUUUAAUACUCUCAGAGCAUUCUAUCUCCCCCUAUCUGGUUUAGAAGGAAGGCCUUCAUUAAUUACCUAUUGAAAAGUUACUAGAACUCUCUAUUAGAGACUCACCUUCUUGACCUGAUAAAAAGGGAUAUCCAUGUCUCUGUUAACAGCUUUAUCUCUUUCUACAGUUUUGGGUAUUUGAUAAGGUUAAGACAAAAUUUUGCUUAUGCUUGAGGAGGAGUUCUUUUUUCACAAUUACAGAGAAAAUUUUGGUUUGUUAAAUAUUGCAGAAAUAGAAAUGGUAAUGUAAGACAGUUCUGGCCUUUAAUUGUUUUCUUGAAACUCUACAGUAUACUACAAUAUACAAUAUAGUGAAGGAAACUAUUAACAUGAGAGAUCCUUCUGAAUAGGAUAUCUUUCUGAGUUCCACUAUUCAGUUACAAAACUCCUUAAUGCUUAAAAUUCAUUAUGAAAAUUAGAUUUAUUUUAAAUACUUUCAAGUGUAUAUAUUUUUAUUUCAUAAUUUUUAUUCUGUUUGUCUUUGAACUAAAGCAUUUAGUUCAUUUAUAUUUACUGUGUACAUUUUAUAUUUAAUAAACAAAUAUAUUUAUUUAUUAAAA